UUAUUAAAUUGAAAUGAUUCUUUUUUUCCCAGGAUGCAAUAGUAGAAAAUGACAUCAUUGAAAACGGAGUGUCGCAAAUUCAGUCCUAACAUAUUUAACAAAAGCAAGUGCCAGAAUUGUUUCAGGGGUAAAGAUGCGCAUUCCACAGAAGCGCUCGAAAGCAAUAGGGCUACCCGUAAAGUGUCAUGCUGUGGCUACUUAUUUGUUGCACCAGAUUGGGACUUUUCCUUGCCUAUUAAUCGGAACAAGCGGUGGCAAAGGAGGUGGUUUGUCUUGUAUGAUGAUGGAGAAUUGGCUUAUUCUGUUGAUGAACAUCCAGAGACAGUUCCUCAAGCCAUCAUCGACAUGAACUGCGUCCUGGAGGUGUCCGAUGCCGAAGCCGUCACGGGGAAUCCAUUUGCUCUGUCUGUCACCUGCCCCGAUAAAGUCCAUUUUAUCAAGGGCAUGAGUAAAGACGAAUCCAAAAAGUGGUUUGAAGUCUUGUCAAAAUUUCCUAGAACUACCGUUUGUGGAAAGUACAAAAGAAACUCAACUUUUCCUUGUAUUAAACCUACUGCCGUCCCUAAAAUUGAAAAUAGUGUAAAUAGUGUCCACAGCAGAAAAGAUUCAGUUGAUUCCAGCAAUAAUUAUACUAAGCACAACGGAUAUGUAAAUAGCUUAAAUAGGAGUAAUUUGAAGCAAAAUUCAAGCAUAGUCUUUGAUCCAGAGGAAGAUGUCUACCCGACUAAAGACACCAACUCAACACUCAUCACCAAAACUCAAGAAAAACUUCUCAUUGCAGAAGAUAAGAAAAACUCUGAAAAUGCUGUUGUUAGAAAUGAAAUGAAUUGUUUAAGGUAAAUUCA